CAUCGAGCCGGACGGAGAUUGGCAGGAAGCACGCCGUAAAUUACUGGAUUCCUGUACGGGGACCGGGGUCGGAUUUCACCGAUUUUCACCGUCCGACAGUCCGUGUCUGCGGCCAUUCCCCUUCAAGGGCUGUCCUCGUUGAGCCGCCUGGUGUCACCCAUGCCUGACGAAUCCGCGCCCAAUGCUGGGGGUCCCGCAUCCAGCCUAUACGAGCCCCCGACCGAGUCAGGACCGUCGACGACGCUUCGGAAUCCCUGGCGUCCGAGCCGCCGGCUCCCCGUGCUACUCAGCCCGGUUUCUGGGGUCGCUGCAACGUUAAGGCUUUCAAAUCAAUCAAUCCGAGCCUCCUUGGACGAGACGCAGAGUUGGUGCCUCUGGUCCUUUACACCCCUUGGCUGGUGCCAGCAAACAACAUCCCUCCCUCCUUGGAGUGUUGUACAGGGCGGGAAGUCAAGAGUGAAGAGUAUGUUCAGUGGAAGUGCGCUAUUUGAAGACCCAGUAACCUCCACAAUCGUAGUCACAUCCAACUGCUCCGAGCCUUGUGGCUGCAGCGCUCGUAUAGGUCGUCGUUCAGUCUGUCCGUUGACGUAUGCCACGCGGUCGGGCAGAUGGCCCCGGGAUCAACUAGGGCAAACUGCCAUCUCGCGCGGCUGCAACAGUGCCACUAGCAGUCGGCAAUGUCGCAUUUUUGUCACCGGGAGUGGUGGACGAACAAAGGAAGCUGCAUUCGAUCUGCUUCCGGGCGAUUACCAAUGUCCGGUGCCAGCAACCAUCAGAGGCGACUGGCAGGAGUCACACAUCAGGUGGAUGCAUGACGCUAGGGUUCAACCGACAAUGGAGAUCUCCAAUUGACCGGAGUAUCUGAGAGUUCCUAUUCCUGACCGGUCGCCACAACGGUCAAGAGGCAUAGCAUGAAGUGUAGAACUGUGACCAGGAGAUCUGCUCUCUUGGAAGGUCAGGGUCCA